AGAAGACACACCUAUAAAACUCUGCCAUUCAACUGUGAAGAGGACUAAAGAGGAGGAGCAAGAGAUCAACACUUAGCUGGAUGUCCCUCAAACUACUUCACAUUAAUAGAGGUUGUGGACUUGCAGAAAAUGUUUGGACCUUUAGGCAAGCAUCUCCAAGAUUACCUGGCUGAGCGAAGGAGUCGUAGAACCAGGCUAGUGACAAAAGAUGGCCAUUGCAACAUUGAAUAUGGAAACAUCAAGUACAGUAAACACUUUGCUUUCCUGGCCGAUUUCUGGACCACAUUUGUGGAGAUCCGCUGGCGUUUUGUGCUCUUCUUCUUCAUUGCGUCUUUCACCCUGAGCUGGUUCAUUUUUGGCUUGCUGUGGUACUGGAUUGCCCGUAGUAACGGAGAUCUGACGUGGCAGUCGCCUCCAACGAACCACACGCCUUGUGUCGAUAAUGUUGACGGACUCACUACUGCAUUCCUGUACUCUCUUGAAACUCAAACAACCAUUGGGUACGGUGGCCGAGCCCUCACUCCUGUGUGCCCUGGAGCUGUCGCCCUUCUUGUUAUCCAGUCUCUCCUUGGAGCAAUUGUCAACUGUUUCAUGUGCGGAAUUAUAUUAUCCAAAAUUUCCUUGCCUAAAAAGAGAGCUAAGACCAUUUCAUUUAGUGACAUGGCAGUUAUCAGCCCAAAGAAUGGCACACUCUGCUUGUCAAUACGUGUUGCCAACCUUCGCAAGACCCUUAUGAUAGGAAGCCAAAUCUAUGGUAAAAUGCUCAGAACAACCAAUACAGCAGACGGCGAGACAAUCAUCAUGGAUCAAGUUAACAUUGACUUCAUGGUGGACGCUGGAAAGGACAACCUUUUUUUUGUGUGUCCGCUCACACUUUAUCACAUUAUUAACAAAAGCAGCCCAUUCUUUGAAAUGGCUGUAGACACAUUACACAAGCAAGAAUUUGAACUGGUUGUGUUCUUGGACGGUACAGCUGAGUCUACCAGCUCUUCAUGUCAGGUCCGAACCUCAUUUAUUCCUCAGGAGAUCAUGUGGGGCUAUAAUUUCCUGCCCAUCAUCUCACGUAGCAAAGAAGGUAAAUACAGGGUGGAUUUCUCCAACUUUUCCAAGGUGGUGCCUGUGGCCACUGCACACUGUGCCUACUGUUUCCACAACAUCAAGGGUCAUCACCACCAUUUCAAAGAUGGACUUGACAACCAGGGCUUUGAGGUGAUUGAUAUCCAUGAUCCUUCAAAUAUCACCAAGAUGUAAGACCAAAGAGACUGUGAAAAAGACCCUCUGGUAGAUGUCUUUUCAUCUCCCCCUUAAGUAACGUUUGAGAAACAAGCAUAUAAAUGUUAAAUGUUGAACAUAUCUUUUAUGCAUAUAAAACAAAAAACCUUAUGCAAAACGUUUGCCAUGUAAUUAGAAGGGCUUAGUUGAAAUUCUAGAGGGAAAAAAAAGGACGAAUACAGGUCCUCCUCUCAUAUAAGAAAUACUGUAUACCUCACAAUUGUGCUUACUGUGAAUGUAGGUGAAUCACUAAUUUAUUUCGGUCCCAGAACAUUGGGCUUUGUGAGCAUAGCAAAAGACUAUCCUGUGUAAGAACCUUACUUGACAUGGAUGAGAGGCAAUAUGUGUGGCUGUUUAAAUAAUUCAUGCCAGAAUAGUUUUGAUGCACAAAAAGACACUUGGAUUUGUAACAUUAGCCUUUGUUUAUCGAGUCCAGCACUGGUACUCGCACAAGUUUAAUGUGGAAUAUUUGAGUGGAACCUAGCGGGAGAACAAUGUUCUCAGGAAACACUUAAAUAUAUUGCUGCAUGCAGCCUGUACUAGAGAAGGAAGCAAAUUUGUAUUUGUAUGUUUUAUUUUUGUCUUUUUUUUGUAAUUUAUCUCAGGGGGGAAACAGCUGUAAUAAAAAUAUUUUGCACUCAAGACCGUGCUCUCCACCUAAAAUUAUUAUUACAUUGUAUUUCACUGCAAUCUGUCUGUCUGCCUGACUUCAGAUAUGAUGAAUCGAAUGGCCGUCAAACUUAGUGGUAAGGUGCAUCUUUGUCAGAGGAAGAUCAGCUUUGCAUUUUGGAUCAGGGAUUGAUGAAGAAAGAGAUGCCCAAAAUUAUGAUGAAUUAGAUACGAAUCAAAAUGUUAUAUAAAUUUAAAAAAUGAUGGGUUCCGGCGGUACAGUGGGUUAUUAUGGUGUUAAAUCAAGGCCAAAAGUUUUAUAAUCUGAAAAAAAAAAGAAACGAUUGAACAUUUUUUGGGGGAAACUGAAUGUUUAAGUUUUAUUCUUGAAUCUUUCAAAAGCGAAAUUUUUACUUUUUCCAAUUGAUAUUUUCAGGUUCAAACAUUUUUUUUUUCACUUUCAGAUCUUAUUUUUUCAGUUUCAAUUUUUUUUUUCACAUUCAAAUCUUGAAUCAAGUGUUAAACUUUUAGCCUUCCUGUUUUGAGUUUGCAUACUCGUCGCGCAUCCCGAAAACAUGCAUGCUAGGUGCUUGACCACUCCAAAUUAUCCGUAGGUGUCAUCAUUAGUGUGAAAGGUUGUUUGUCUCUAUGUGCCCUGGUUUUGGCUCGAACCAGUUCAAGGUGUACCGUGCCUAAUGCCUAUAGUUUGCUGGCACCCCUAUGACCCUCCUGAAGAUGGGCAGUACGGAAGAUAAAUGAAUGAUUGGUUGCUAAGUAAAAUAACAUAAUAACUCUGUGGUAGGCAUUGUGUAGGUGGCAUGCAAACAUCACGGCCCAAAUUUUGUCAUUUCUUUUCAGAUGCGAUAAGUGGUCAUGUUAUCUAAUUCACUGGCGUCUGGCUUGUAAACAUUAUUUCUGUGUGGCCAUAUUGCUGUGGGACUGAGCACUAGUACAAAUUAAUGAAAAAACAUCAUUGCAACACAAAGCUAGCUGAAUUUUCACCCAAACAAAGUGAAGUUGUGAAAAUAUACACACACAACUAUU